GCACUGAUAGAUUCUCUUUCUUUCUUUGAAAGGAGUUGGCUAAUGGCUUAUUAAUAUAAUAACUUAGCUACUGGUAAUGGAAAAACUAUUAGCGACGGAUGACCUAAUAUAGAAAUACCAAUUUAAAAUUAUAUGAAAAAAUUACUUCAUUAAUAAGAUAAUGAAGAGUUACGUCUAUGCAUAGUCAUAGUGCUGCAUAGUGUAGUUUUUCAAAUUUUCAUAGAAUAGAAUAGACUCGGCUUAGUUAGGGCUUAGAACUUAGACUUAGACUGACUCAAAAUUAAUGAAUUAUAGAUUAAGAAUUAGAUAGACAUUAAAUUUAUAGUCAAGGAUUCAGAAAUAAUCAUCAAGUAUCAAGACCAUGAAAAUGAUAAAUGAUAGGUUCAAGAUUAAAUCUUGAAUUUGAAUGAUUCUGAUUUACUCAUUACAAUUACACAUGUACAUCAUAGUUAAGGCCAGCCUAGUAUUUGUUACAUGAUAUUGAUUAUUGUUUUGUAGAAAUAUUCUGUUCCAUUGAUUUUGAUUAGUUUUAGUCUAGGCCUAGGCUUAGACUUAGAAGACUGUUCUACUCUAGGCCCUCAUUCUACAUAGAGCUAGCCUAUAUGCCUAUAUUAAGGCUAAGGCCCAUGGCAAAAAUUGAGUUCCUGUAUUAUAGGCUAUAUAAUUUGUCUUGUCCCAAAUUAUACAUAUUUAGUUUAGUAUAAUAUAAUAGUUAUAGACUUAGUCUAGUAAUUUAUGCCAGCUAUGCACUUAGAAUUCAAUGGACAACUUUAUAGUGUCUGUGCUGUGUCUAUGUUGUUAUUGAGUAUAAAAAAAAAGUAAGGCCUUUUCAUUUGGUGACGAAAAAAUAAUCAAAAUAUGAUAUAUCUGUCUAAUAAAUCAUCAUCAUCUGCACUAAAAGUAAAAGUGUCACAACUUUUUACAACAGGCCAAUUUAUUAUUUUAUUACAUUAAAUAGUAUUACUAUUAUUAUAUAUUACUGCUUUAAUUUAUAUAUAACACAAUUUUACUGCUUAUUUAGUCCAUGCCAUAAAUCUGAUGAAAAAAAAAAUUUUUAAACUAUGAAUUAAUCCCAUUGUAAAGAUACUGAUUGCCUUGUCAGUGUUGAUAAAUGUGAUGAUUGAGUCCAAGUGGCUUCAACUUAUAGUCCAUGAAGUUAAUGCUUAUUUUACCCUUACUGACAAUCAAUAUGAAAUGGAUGAUGAUUUAGUCAUUGUGUAGAGCAAAAGACGUUUAAAGUCAGAAACUCGGGGGCAGAGCAUUUCUUAGUGGACCAAGACUGAAUGUGUUGAAGCAGGCCAGAGCUCUCCCCAUGUGCAAUAGUGCCAUUUUUCAUAAUGAUCUGGCCUAAGACAGUGAUAUUAUAAAUAAAAAAUUCCUGACAAGUAACCUUAUGUACAUUUUAUUUCUUUCAGGAAAAAAAAUCACACUAAAAUGACAAGUGACUUAAACCCAGUGGCUGUCAUUCUUGUCACAUCAGGGACUCGAGGAAACAGAUUGUUAUUCAGGCAUCCAUAUGCUCAAGAACCCAGAGUGAAACAGAAAUCUACAAAAGUUAUACAAAAUCCAUACGCUGUUAAAAUUGUAGAUAAUCUUCAAGAUUUUAAGAAGGGAAAAUCUUACCCAGCUCUGAUAAGAGAUGGUGUAUUGGCAGGAUUCUCUAACCAAACUCUUGCUAAUUUUCUUAUUGUCAAGCCAGAACUUUGUGGAAAGAAAUUUAGUGUUGAAAUAGAUGAUGUGCGAUUUAUUGGAUACCCUAUUUCUUUGGUACAACCUUCAAGAGACACAAACCUCCAAAAUUCCCAGAAUAUGUCAUCCAGACAGCACAACAUUCUGUCUGUAAAUGUUGUUUUUGUUUUAAGGGCAAAUGUCCCAGAUUCUGUGAUCAGCUGUUACCAGGAGCUUGCUCAACAACUUGGUGUUGCCAUAAGACAUGAAGAAAAGAGAUGCCAGUAUUUAACAAAAGAAGCAAAGGUUUGUUCAAAUACUUUGGACUUUUAAUGAAUGAUUUUAACUUGUAAAAAGUAAAACUUAAAUAUUUUUCAUUAGUAAACUAAUGCUGAGUUUUUAGAGUGUGAUUGAAAUUCAUAUUUUAAGAAAGUGAAAUGAUUGAGUCCAAAAAUGUUAAACCUCCCCAUUCUCUCCCUCUCUCUCUCUUUAAUGUAAAGCAACAUCUUUAUUAUGGGUAUGUUAAAGCUUUGACUACAAUUAAUUGAAGUUUGAAUUAAAUGUAUAGUAAAGUUAAAAUAAGAAGUAUGUGUCUGACCCUUCAAUUAAAGUGGAUGUUCUUAAAUUAUACUUACUUAUGCCAUUUAUCUCGUCUUGGGCAUAGACCAUCAACAAGAAUUUUCUAGUCAUCUCGAUCCUAUGCUUUCCAGUUGCUUGCAAGUGUAUCCCAUACUUUGUGCGUCUUCCUCCAGCUCGGGCUCCAUGUAUUCUUAGGCCUUCCUCUCUUUCCUUUUCUCUGUGGAUUCCAUGUUAGGAAUUGUCUGGUUAUGUUAUCUGGGGGUUUACGAAAAGUGUGCCUUACCCACCUCCAUCUUUUCCUUAUAAUGUCUUCAGCAAUAUGCUCAUGGUAUGUUUUAAACUAUACAAUUUGGAAUUAUUUUAGUACCUGUUGAAAGGUUUAUACACUUAAAACAAUGUGCACAUUUUUUAUUUCAUUUGUUUGAAGGCCUGAACUUUUGUUUCUCAUUUUAUCUAAAAAAUCUUUUGUUAAUUAAUAUUUAAAGAAAAACUAUCAUUUCCCAUUAGAUUAUGAUGUCAGCAUUUGAAGAGGCUUCAGUGACAGGACAUGAGGACAUUGUAUCUCCAAUGAAACAGAUCAUUCAUUGUAGCUCUUUAGCCAAAGAAUUGAAAUCAACUUUUGAUAAUUUAGAGUCUUGUGGUCAAGUGCUCUUCUACUUAAAUCAGUGGGUUGAGAUAAAUUUUUGCUUGCCGCAUAAAAUUCAUGCGAUACACAUGCCUGGUAGGACUAUUCAGUUGGAGUCUAUAUACAGGUAAUCUCUUUAAAUUUACGAAAAAAUAUUUAUUUAGUACACAACCAUUUCAUGAUGCUUGAAAUUAAUUGGAUUUACAAAGAAAAUAAAAAUCGUAGCUAACAUUUUGUCACAUAAAAAUGUACAUAUUUUCUUUAAUAACUUGCUAUUUAUUACAGGUGCUUGUCCUACGUUCGACCUUACCAUGGCAUUUUGCUGACUAAAUCAGAGAAAGAACUUCUUAACAUUUUACCUCUUGACAGUUGUCCCUCUCUAGGGAGAGUCAUCAAACUAACCACUCCAGUGAAGAAUCUAAAAACUCUAGCUUUGGAAAGUGACCUCAGUAUUACACAGGUUAUUAUGUGCUGCCCAAAAUAUUGUAGUGAAAUUAGAACAUUUACAUAUGAGGCAUACACAUUUUACUUUCAUUUUAAAGUUUACAGUGAAAGUAUAAUUAAAGAUUCUUUUAUUAGAAAUGUAAAUCUUGAUUAAUUAGCAUGGUUUUGUAUAAACGUUAAAUUUAAUGACUUUUCCUUACAUCAAAAUAUCCUUUUAUUGAAGUUUAAAAAAAAGUGUCCAUCACAUUAAUUUCACUUGAUUUAUGAAUGUUAUUCCCUCUCUAUUUGUAGAUCUACCAGCUAGUUUGUCAUAUGGUUUACUGGGGAUUUGCAAUGCUAAUUUAUCCUUUGUGUCAGUCAAACCUGUAUAUGUUGUCAUCUUCAGCCAACACAGCUGUAAGUCUUAGAUAACUUUCAGAUAGCAGUUAUAGUUACAUCUUUAACUCUUAGGCUUCUCUGGUUAUUUACAGUUGAAAUGUUUUGGAUGGGAAAACUGCAUGCAUUCAUUAUUUUGACUUCUCUCAAGUUUCAAUUGCACUUUGACAUCGUCAGGUUCACUCUCCGCUGAGCCAAGAGUUUUCAAUGCGUUUCCCUGGAUUACAUCUUGCUCAAGAAAUGGCAAGGUUUUCAUUCCCAUCAUCAAUGUAUGACUGCCUGGACAUGAUGAAGUACUGCAGCUCUAGGUUGAUCGACAGAUCGACUCAGGUAUAACAUUGAAGAGCUGUAAGAUAUCGGUCAUUAUAUUUGGCAUAGUUUUUCUUGCAUUUCAGUAUACCCACACUGGCGAAUUUGCACUGGCUUGUUUUAAAUUGCCUCAUUUUAAUUAUGAAAAAUUUUAAUUAUAAACUAUCUCAGUGCAAUUUAAAAAAUGACUCUCUUAACUUUAAAAAAAAAAAAUGAAUUAUUUUAGUUUUAUAAAUAAAAAUAAAGAAAAAGAAUCAAGUUGUUAAUUUAAAAAAGAAAAACUAAAAAUGUUAAAAAUUGCUUGUCAACUUAAAAUGAAACUAUAAACCUUUAUUCUUUAACAGGUUGUAGUGUGGAUGUUGCAGCACCAAUUGUUAAAUCAGAGACACACUUAUGUCAACCUGGUGCCACCCAAGAAAAAGGAGCUGUCAUCAAACUUUAAUGCCAGCCAUUCUACCAUGUCCUCCACUCACUCCUCAAGUUCAAGUGUCCAAGUAUGAAUUUAACUGCUGGUAUUUUUCACUGAGGAACUCCUGUCCUCCUUCUUCUUUGCCUUUUUCAACUCUUUCUGAGCUGUCUCUUGCUUUCUGCUCUAACUCUUUCUAUCUUUCCAUCCAUCCCAGUGGUGCUACAGCCCAUGUAUGGCUUUGGCAUGCCUCGCCACUUCCUUCCACUCAGACCUUCCAUCCAUCCCGGUGGCGCUACAGCCCAUAUAGGGCAUUGCCUCACCAGUUCAUUCCACUCAGACCUGAUACUUUUCUUUUCCAUGCUUGAAUUCCCAGCUGCUGUAGAUCUUUUUUUCCACAUCAUCCAUCAAUCUAAGCCUAGGAGGUCUACCUUCAAGCUGUUUUCAUAUGGGGUUUUGGUUGUGCACCCUCUUCAUUCCUCUGUCAUUUGGCAUUCUUUCAAAGAAUGCCCAGCGUAGCCUGUCCUUUCUUAUUUCUGCUACUAUUGUGGGAUCCUGAUAUAGACUAUACAAUUCCUGGUUGGUUCGUAUUCUCCAUCCAUUUUCAUCCUUUGUUGGUCCAUAUAUUUUCCAGAUAACAUUUCUCUCUCAUGUGUUUAAUGUGGUGUUCUGCAGUUUUUGUUGGCAUCCAAGUUUUACUUGCGUAUGUUACAACUGGUCGUAUGUUACAACUGGUCGGAUUACAGUUUUAUAUAUACUUUUCUUUGUUUUUCUUAUGUUUUUACUUUUUAGUCUUUUCUUUCCAAUCUUUAUUACGCUAUUUACAUGCUUGUUGAGCUCUCUUAGCCAGGUGUUUUUUGGAUCUUCCUCGUCCUCUUGCCCAUAAAUAUCCAUAAAUCAAUAACAAGACCAUUUAUAGCAGUGUGAGCAUAAUUAUUAUUUAAUUACAUGCUCAUUACAAUUAAUAUCUGCUUUCUUUAACAAUCAAUGUUAAAGCAAAAUUGCACCCUAUUUGCUUUAAGAGCUUGAGAUAUUCACCUUUGCCAUGUGACAAUCUUUCUCCAUUCGUUUCAGUCUUCAACUACUAUUUCCACAUGUGCCCACAUUAUUUCUCAUUUCUCCUUAUACUUUAAUAAACAUUUGGAGAAUUUUUUUAUGUUAAAAAAAUCCUGACUCAAUCUUUUGCGAGGACUGAUACUAGGAAAAAUUACAUUUCUAAAAAAUCAAUGGUAUCCUCCAAAGUGUUUAAGAAUGAGGUUGAUUUGAACCUUUUAACAACGUCUUGUAUCAAGUUUUAUUCCUAAUGGUGCAUGGAAACAAAAAACAUGGAUUAUUAAGAGUGGAAGGAUGUGUUGGUGCAGGCCAGUGCCCUCCAUGGCCUGUACAGCAACUGAUGACCUUAAAAUAGUCUUCAUAUAAUUAUUUUAACACUGCAUGUUUUUGUAUGAAUCUAAUGGCCUAUUCAUUAAUGACAUGCUCUUAGGUUGUUGAAGAGUCUUACCUGUCGGUCCUGUUGGAGGACCCUGGCACGUCCACUCUUGACCAUGCUACCAGUAUGUCUGAUAUUGCUAGUGUCAACAGUGAAGAAAGUGGUGGCCAGUCGACAACACAGUACACCAGCCAGCUAUCUAAAUCUCCUGAAGCAAACAGUGAUGGUUCCAUUGUACCAGAGGAUAUGAAACCUCAGUGGAGGAUUCCAGUAGGUGAAAUUGGAAUUAAGCCCAUUAUCCCUGGCCUAUAGGAAAUUGUCUAUUUUGCUCAAACUAAUAGAAAUAUCCAAUUAAUUGGUAGUGUGAUAACAAAAAACAAAAUCGCAUAGGACAUGACUGAUAUUGAAAACAAUGUACCCAAUUUAUUUUGGGCUUUAUUUGUGGGUCAUUGUGUAAUGAUUCAAAUAGGUCAUAUUCUCUAGCUUUUUUUUUUUUUACCCAACUUUAAUGCUGGAUGUGUAAAUAUUAUUAUAAAAUAAUAUCAUUUAAUCAUUUAAUAGCUUCUGUUUUUUCUAUCUGAAUUCAGGUUUUCUCUUUUUAAAAAAAAAUAAUAUAUUCUUUUUAAAAUAAUAGAAAUAUCCAAUUAAUUGGUAGUGUGAUAACAAAAAACAAAAUCGAAUAGGACAUGACUGAUAUUGAAAACAAUGUACCCAAUUUAUUUUGGGCUUUAUUUGUGGGUCAUUGUGUAAUGAUUCAAAUAGGUCAUAUUCUCUAGCUUUUUUUUUUUUUUACCCAACUUUAAUGCUGGAUGUGUAAAUAUUAUUAUAAAAUAAUAUCAUUUAAUCAUUUAAUAGCUUCUGUUUUUUCUAUCUGAAUUCAGGUUCUCUCUUUUAAAAAAAAAAUAAUAUAUUCUUUUACUUCUUAGUUUGAAUGGAACACUUAAUAAAAAUUAUGAGUUUUUGUUAGUUAAAAAGUAUUCUCAUUCAAUUUGUCUUGGUCAUACUAAUUUAGGACACACUGCUGAAUGAGCUCAAGCCACAGAUGAAAGCAGCCAUUUUGAGAUGUUCUGCAUCAAAAAAUCCAGAUGACCUGAAUUUGUUUGCCAAGCUUUUCCCUUACUUCAAUGGGAAGCACCAUCUGGAAGAGAUGAUGUUUUAUGAAAAUCUCAACAGAUCUCAGCUAGUGGCUCUACUUGAUAAGUUCAAAGAAGUUCUCAUAUUGUGCAGCCAUGAAGAUCCAGCAACUUCACUUUUAUAGGCAGUAAAUACAUGUGAGGAUCAUAUCAAAAGUAAUAAUUGGUCAAGUGGAAUGUGAAAGGUUAAACUUUUAAACAAAUUGUCACAAAACAGGGGUAAAAUGUAACUGGUAAGAGAUCUCACAUAGAUGCAUGAGAAAAUAGUCUAUUGAUUGUGAUCAAAGUUCAACAUAUUCUUUUUCAAUGCUGUAACCUUUAAAAGUUACAUGGUGGAGUUUCGAGUGCAAUGAAAAAAUGGCCAACUGCUCACUAACGGAAAAUAAAAACAAAUACAAGGUACACACGUUCAAUAACUUGAU